ACAGAGGGAUCUGAGAGAGGCACGUGCCUGCCACACACAGCCCAGCGAUGAGUGAGACCCCAGCUGCCAACCUCAACACUGGAGAUGCUCCAACUGGUCCCACCACACCGCGCAAGGGGCCUCCCAAGUUCAAGCAGAGACAGACAAGGCAGUUCAAGAGCAAGCCCCCCAAAAAAGGAGUAAGAGGGUUUGGAGAUGACAUCCCAGGCAUGGAGGGGCUGGGCACAGAUAUUACCGUGAUUUGCCCAUGGGAAGCUUUCAGCCAUCUGGAACUGCACGAGCUGGCCCAGUUUGGGAUCAUCUAAGGUGUCAGCAUCUCUACUGGUGUCACCUGGUGACUCCACAGAUUUCAACGUGGUCUUUACCACCUUUGACACUUACUUUUGGCCCUUGCAUCCGCUUGCUUAUGGGCAGGGUGGUUUUGUAAGAGCUAGUUAUGAGAAACUUAACUUUGCAGAUUAAUUUGGCAAAGAAGUUAUUUGGGACCCUGAGCAGACCUCAUGUUCCAUGUGAUGAAACUACUGAAAAAUGUCUUAAUGUCUCCCUGCACCAUAUUCUUUAUUAUCUCACUGUCAUAGAUCUUCAAUGUUUAUGGUGAUACGGGGAGGCUGCAUUUGAACUUUUUCCCUGAUUAGCUGAGAUAUUGUGUGCAUGUACGUCCAGACCUAAUUAAAUCAGCCUAUUCUAUUUUAUUCCUUCCCUCCCUUUCUUCAGCUUUCUGUAUAGAAUUUCCAUGGGUAGGUCCCUUUGUUUUUUGGGCCACCAAUUAUUUGCUCCAAAUACAUCUGUAGAGAACAGCAUUAUAGUCACCAGUCCAGACAUUAGGCUGUUUUCCAUAGGAAAUCCUUCCCCAACGGCUCACCAUAAGGAACGUGCUGCUAAGAUUUACCUCAUCAGCAAAUGGGGAAAAGGGCUUGCAAAUGCUGUCUGUGCUGUACUGCCCACAGGCUAUGAACCAUGAGAGUCUGGCUGUUCUCAUAAUGUUAAAUGAAAAUGUGUGCGUCUGAGAUCAAUAGCUAAGUGAAUUAAUCCUAUUAUUCAUUCCUUUGUGGUUGCAGUUCCAAAGAAGCAGCACUCCAAAUGAUGCUGCGUUUCCUCUCCUUUGAUGGGAGGCCCUGUGUGACACUUGUCCCCACGCCCAUACAUAUUUACAUGAGACAUUUGCUCCCCAGGACAUGCUUGCUGCUUAUUAAGACAGAGAAUCCUUAUGAUCUGUCACCAGCCUGUGCCAGCGGUCCUGCCACAUCCAGCAGAAAAUGAUCCUGCAGUAAUUGCUCCCUCCUCUCUGUGUUUGGCAUAGGGUGAGUCUCCCCUCACCCUGCCCCUCAUAAGCAGGAAGGCUUUUCUCUCUUCACUCCCUGGCAAUUUCAAGCUCUGGAGCUUGUUUGGACAAGCAGGCAAAUGGUGUCCCCAGAGAGAAGUAACAGCAGAGCAGGCGGGCAGGCAGGGGAAGGGUAAGAUGUGUCCAUGCAGGCAAGCACAGAGCGAAUCCACUUAACCCCAUCGACCUGUGUCUGCUGGUCUCUGGCAGCCUGAGUGCUGCAGAGCAGUGAGGCACCCCGAACCACUUAAACGUCCUGGGAAGGCACCGACAUUCCCUAUGGCCCCAGCACUAAGGAAGGGCUUUUGGCUUGUUUGCAGGCAAGGAGCAAGUUUUAUUGUAGCUACAUAAUAUUCAUAAGAGGAGGUGGAAUUUUUAAUCAUUGCCUGCAGCUUAAGAAGCUUCAUCACAUAAGAACUACCUCCCCCUAUCUUAUCUUUCCUAUGCUGAACAUGUUCAUGGGAGCAAGGAUUGUGGAGGGGAGAGCAAAUCCUGUCUAAACGAUCGACCCCCACGCAUAAAGCUUUGCUAUAAAUCCAUGGCGGUGCCAUAGUUAUCUGCUACUGUUAUUCCAGAAAUAAAAGCUAGCAGUUUGCAGUUAAAAUAUAGCUUGAGCACCAAAAGCUAAAGGAAAUUAAUUCCUGUUGGCAGUCCAGAGUACAGCUUUUAUUAUUCAGCACUGCUGCCAUUAGACGCAGCAGUAAACCACGGAGUGGUUCAGAACCGCAGCGCUAUCGCAGCACAGAAGUCCUGUACCAUUUAGCUAAUUGCAGCCCACAGCUAUUUCCUUGGGCAGAGGCAGUCUGUCCUUUCCACUUACUUCCAAUUUCUCCUGCCUUUCUCACCUUUUAAUGCUUUUCUUCUUUCCCUAAGUGUUCUUUAUGUAAAUGACGUUUUAUUUAGCUUUUACUAUAGGGAACUGAUUUGAUUUUCUUUCGAGCUCAUGUACUAGCCCUCUCCUUCUGCAGUUAAAUGUGAAUGUUCCUAUGGCAAUACUCUCAUAUUUUCCCUGCCAUUAUGCCAUCCUGUUACAUAUGAUCCUUAUUCCACCUUCUCAGUCUGUCCUCUUCUCUCUGGGAAAAGACCCAUUAGAUCCAGUUUUGAAUCCUUCAAGCUGGCUGCCUCUAUUAUAAUUGAGUUUUCCCUUUUUCUAAGCUUUUUUAAGCAGGACAAAAACAAGAGAAUGAAAUUUUAAUUAGUCCUUUUGCACCCUCUUCAUCCCAGACCUCGGGAAAACAGUCCACAGACAGUGAGAUACUUUGCCAGGAAAUACUGUGGUAAAAGCAAAAUUCUCCUUAGUCCAGGAACUGAAGUUUUAGCAAAUCAGAAGGUCCUGAUGUAGUUCCACAUCCGAUUGCUAUAGCCCCAGUUCCCAUCAGAGAACUACUCCAUUCUCCUUCCUAGAGGAGUCCAGGAAUGCACACAUAACCCAGCUCUCAUGCCCAGCUGAUGAGCUGUAUCAGAAGAUGGAUGUUUUGAGCCAACACAGUUUGUUAGUUAUUUUAAAAAUAAUUUCUAUUCAUUAAUAGGGAUUACAUUCAUUCCUUGUAAGGAAUUUUGAGGCUUAGAAGAAGAGUCUUAAAACACACUCACGGUUGCUUUGUCAGAGGUUCUAAGUUUUUUUCUAAUGAGCCAUAAUUCCUGAAACUUCCAUUUUUCAGUGAGAGAUGGCCAUGGUGCAAGAAAGCAAAUGUGUUAAAGUAGCUUGUUGAAGGGCUUCAGUCUAUAUGCAUUGUAAUAUGUUAUUCUCUGUUAUUUUACUAUAAAAACAUGUCAAAAGGAAUAAAAAAUAAUAAAAAUUGUUUUAAAAAUCU